ACUGGGACGGAGGCCGCCUUCGAAGUGCUUGCCGAAUUGUCGCUUAGCCACACGGGACGCAGAGGAAGAAAGAAAAAAAAAAGAAAGAAAGAAAUAAAAAAAAAAAAAAACAUUUUUACACCAACAAGUCGAGGAGCACUGCUUUAUUGGCGCUGCCGAUGCAUCCGGCGCCGUAAUGCACGUUCUUCUUCGAGGCUGAACGCUGAGGGGAAUUAGAGAGGGAAAUGCGCGGCGGCGGUGCGGCCGUGCGCGCGCUGCGCGCCGCCUCGCUCGGAAGUUUCCGGGAUGUUUUCCGCCCCUGAGCGGUACGCGGCGGCGAAGCGCGGCCUCGGGCGCCCUUAGACCUGAGGCACAGUGCCGUUACACCGGUGUCAGACUGCGGAUCCCGUCCAAGGUUUUUUCCUCCUGACUCCACUGCUGUAGCCUUUUGUUGGAUAUUAAAGCUCUCUCCAGUGCAGACAACCAUGGAAUCACAGACAGUCGAUGACGACGCAAUGGAAGCGUGAAUGAGGUUUGGCGUGGCGAAAGCUAAACGAUGCCCAAGGGUGGGGGUCCUAAAAUCCCCCAACUGGAGGACUUCUCACUCAACACCGACAUGGUGGAGAAGCAAACCGGGAAGAAGGAUAAAGAGAAAGUCUCCUCAAGCAAGACUAUUAAACUAGACCGCAGCGAUGGCGUUAAGGAGAUGAAAGAGAAGGCUCCCAAGAGGAAGCUGCCCUUUACUGUCGGAGCCAAUGGAGACAAAGAUUCAGACUCUGAAAAGCAAGGCCCGAAGCGGAUCAAAAAGGAGCCUACCAACACCAGGAAGUCAGGUUUGCUGUUCGGGAUGGGCGUGCCAGGCCUCCGGGCAGGGUACCCCCUGUCAGAGCGGCAGCAGGUGGCCCUUCUCAUGCAGAUGACUGCUGAGGAGUCGGUCAACAGUCCAGACACUACACCAAAGCACCAGUCCCAGUCCAGUCUGGGUCAGAAGGGAACGCCAAACUCUGCGUCCAAAACCAAAGACAAAGUGAAUAAGCGCAAUGAACGGGGUGAGACACGGCUGCAUCGGGCAGCCAUCCGUGGCGAGGCACGCCGCGUCAAGGAGCUCAUCAACGAGGGCGCUGACGUGAAUGUUAAAGAUUUUGCAGGGUGGACUGCUCUUCAUGAGGCGUGCAACAGGGGUUACUACGAUGUGGCCAAGCAGCUGCUGGCAGCCGGUGCUGAGGUCAACACGAAGGGCCUGGAUGAUGACACUCCUUUACACGAUGCUUCCAACAAUGGUCAUUAUAAGGUGGUGAAGUUGCUAUUGCGAUAUGGAGCCGACCCUCGUCAAAGUAACCGAAGGGGUGAAACACCAUUGAAAGUUGCCAACUCGCCGACAAUGUUAAAUCUUUUGCUUGGAAAAGGCACAUACACAUCAAGUGAAGAAAGUUCUUCAGAUUCCUCGGAAGAGGAAGAUGCUCCAUCAUUCGCUCCAUCAAGCUCUGUUGACGGCAAUAACACAGACUCUGAGUUCGAGAAAGGUCUGAAGUUGAAAGGAAAAAGUCUUGACCCACCUAAAACAAUAGCCAUUCCUAUCAAGGAUGAGUAUGAGUUUGAUGAAGAUGACGAGGAGGAGAGGGUGCCUCCACUCGAUGACAAGCACCUUCUCAAGAAAGAAUUCCGCAAGGACACAGGGGGCAAAAGCAACAGCUUCAUUUCCAUCCCUAAGAUGGAGGUCAAAACGUAUUCCAAAACCAACUCGCUAACACCAAAGAAAACUUCGAGACGGAUCCUCUCUGACACAAACAGCUCUGAUGAGGAUGACCGAACAUUAUGUUUCUCUUCACCCCCCACAACACGGCAGACAGUGCCAACAACCAACACCAAGACCCGGGAGUCAGCCACAUUGACUUCCAAGCAGCAGAAAGAAAAAAAUAAAGUUAAGAAGAAGAGAAAGAAGGAAACAAAAAAUAAUACCAACAAGGAGGUUCGGUUUGGCAAAGUGAAUGACAAGUUCUGCUCCUCUGAGUCAGAUAGUGGUGACUUAGAGAGUGAGGAUGAUAAGGGCUCUGUGCAGAGUUCAAACUGCGUAAAGGACUCUUCUGCUUUGAGCCUUAAAGAAUCAUCUGUUCUGAGUUCACUCUCAGCCUUUUCUGCAUCCUCUUCUCAUGGGAGCCUUUGUUCCCAAAAGCUUACACAGUCUUUAGCAGAGCAGCACCCAAAGCAGUGGAGGACAGAUGGGUGGAAGACUGUGUCCUCCCCAACUUGGUCUGAUAGCAGCUCUCUGUCAGACUCCCUGAGAACAAGAUUGUCCAGUGAAUCUGACUAUUCAUCCACAGACUCAAGUGUGGAGUCUUUGAAACAGAUAAAGAAAAAAGUGCAGGAGAAUCAGAAGAAGAACAAUGUGCUCACAAAUGCUUUGGAUAAAAAAAUGUCAGACUUUCAUAAGAACUCCAACACAGAAGGGGCAAUCGCCAAGGCAGACAAAGAUGGCAAAGUGUUGAAAAAGCAUAAAGUAAAACACAAACACAAAAAUAAAGAGAAGGGAAAGGCUCCCAGCUUGGUGCUUAACCAAGAUAUGAAUGAAAAGUUUGUGAAGAGCUUUUCCUUUGACUUUGACGACACACGGCAAAAGUCAGUCAUUAUGGAGGCGGAGUCUUCAACAGAAAACAAAGUCAAGCUUUCUAAGCAGGACAAAGAGCAUUUCAAAAAGGAAGAUCGCUUCUACAAGGGCAAGUCUGAGGACAAGGAUUGGACUCCAGCACAAGAAACAGGCAGAGCUGCUAAAGAGGAGAAAUACAAAAAAACAAAAGAUUUCACCAAGGAGAAGACCAGCAAAGAGGAUAAGGAUAAAUUGUUGAAGACGGAUAAGGAAAAGAGCCUCAAGGAUAAAUUUAAAGAAGAGAAGCAAAAGACCCACAAGGACGAAAAAAAGAAAAAGUCCAAGGAUAAGUCUUCUAAAGCAGACAAAAAGAACGAAAAGGAGGAAAAAUAUUUAAGAACAGAAAAAGAUAGAAACAUAAAGGAUGAGAAAGAAAAAUCUAAAAAAGAAAAGGCAUCCAAAGAGGAGCUUGGUUAUGAGGACUAUGAUACGAAGAACCGUUUUUUAGACUUGGAAGACAGCAAGCUUAGCACCUCAGAUGACCCCUAUGACCAGUGGAUGACAGACCUCUCUUCUGAAUCCUCUCUCUGUGCAGAAGAUAGUUGGGAUAUGCCAAUCAAGGAAUACAAGGAGUACAAAGCAAACAACUCAGUAAAACUCAUUGUGGAAACAGUCAAGGAGGAAAGCAGAGAUAGAAGGAAGGAAAACAAAAUUAAAGAUAGAAAAACAGACCAUAGUGAAAAGCGCAAUGAAAAAGAGGUCCUACCCAAGAAAAAGGAAAGGGAUUCUUCUGAUAAACCAAGUGAAAAGAAAAAGGAUGUGACAGAUAAACAGAAACUUAACUCCAGCUACUCAGAAAAAGAAAAGAAAAGAAAAGAAUCUCUAGAAAGUAUCAAAGACAAAAAAGACAGAGAUUCUAUUGACAUUAGCAGGGACAGAAAAGAUUCGUAUGAUUUCACAAAAGACAGGAGGGACUCAAGAAUUAAACAAGAAGACAUCUUGAGAGAGGACUAUGGAAAUGAAACUUUUUUAAAAGAUAAAUCUGAAAAUGAGGCUGUUAGUAAACUUCUAGAAACCAGGGAGAGGAACCACUCUGGAAAGGAAAAAGACAAAAGGGGGGAUGGUACUGAAAAGAGAGAGAGGCCUAAAAAUGAAAAACACAAAGAAAAACUUAAAGAAAAAGACAGAAAUUUUACAGACCUGGAGAAAGAGAAGAGUUUUCUUGACAAAACUAAAGAUAAAGACAUGGAUAAAGGCUCAAAAGACAAAAGAGAGGUAACAAAAGACAAACACAAAGAUUCCCAUAAUAAAGACAAGGAGAAGAAAAUGGAACAAAGCAAAGAGAAAGAAAAGGGUUCCUUGGAUAGGCUUGCUGAUAGGGACAAGGACUUCUUUGAGUUGAGAAAAGAAGAGAAAAAAUCUGAAAAGGCAAGGGAAAAGACCUGGUUUUCCAACAUUGCUGACAUCUUUACGGAUGAGAGUGAAGAUGAGAAUGAUUACAGUGGUGGAAUGGUUAAAUUCACCGAUUCCCAUGGCCUGUCUGAUUACCACAGGAAGGAUCCUACACCUGAUAUGGAUGACACAGAGCACUUCCAAACUGAGAAACACACCAAGUUUUCAACAGAAGGAAAACAGCACUCUACAGAGAAACAAAAAGAAAAGGAUUACAAAGAUAAGAAAAAAGAUAAAACUGUUUUUGAUUGUGGAAGAGAAAGAAAGGCUUCUGUGGAAAAAUACAAAGACAGAAAAGAGAAGGACUAUGCAGAUGGGAAGCAAAAAGAUCGAAAAGAUCGAGGUUCUGUUGAUUCAACCCAAGAAAAGAAAAACAAACAAAAACUGUUUGACAAGAGACAUUUUAGUGAGGAUAAACCCAAAAGUAAACACAAAGACAAAUUUGAGAAAGAUUACAUAAAAGACAAGAAGUCCUCCAAAGGGAGUGGUGAAAAUGAAAAAUCCCUUCUGGAGAAACUAGAAGAGGAGGCAUUAAAUGAUUAUAAGGAUGACUCCAAUGACAAAAUAAGUGACAUAUCGUCAGACAGCUUCACAGACCGCGGCCAUGAGCCAGUACCUAGCAACCUCUGUGACUCAUCCAGCAUCAGUCUGCAGGACAUAAAUGAAGAGAGAAGGGACUCUGUAUCCUUGCCUUAUCCUCAGGACAAGUUUAGAGAAAAGGAGAGACACAGGCAUUCCUCCUCAUCAUCUAAAAAGAGUCAUGACAAGGAGAAAGAAAAAAUGAAAAAGGAUAAAUCUGACAAACGGGAGAAGAUGGAGGAAAUUAAAGAUACUUAUGGGCGCAGGGAGAGCCUACCUUUUGAAAAGGAGCCCAUGCCUUUAGAAGCUGAUCCAUAUACCUUUCCCUUUGGGGCUAAGCCAGAUGGUGAAGAUGAUUUAGAUAAGACCAUAGAGUUUGAAAAGGAGAUGUCCAAAAAAUCGGACAGAGAAAAAGUCUGCAAUUUUAUCACCAGUGACAAGGUAAAAGACAAGAAGAAAAAGGAAAAAUAUAAGGAGAAAGUAAAAGAGGAGAAACACAAGUACACAGAUGGAUUUCCUCCUUUCAGACACUCAAAGGAAGAGGUGAAAUCUGGAUUGAAGGAGAGCCUUCAAGUAAACAGUUUGAAAGAGAAAUCCAAAGAAGAUGGUAAAUUUGAUACUAAACACAAAGACAGAACUAAGGAAAUUUCAGACAGAGAAAGAACUGAUUACAUGAAGUCCAAGACUAAAGAGGAGAAUGAUAAGAUAACUCAAUCCAAGGAGGCACCUCGAAAAGAUUGUCGUCCAAGGGAAAAACUUCUUAUCGAUGGAGACCUGCGGCUUACAAGUUUUGGGAAAAUGCUGAGCCAGAAGGACCAGGAGUUUGAAGAGCGCCAUAAGAGACACAAGGAGAGAAUGAAGCAGAUUGAAAAGUUGAGACAAAGGUCUGGAGACCCAAAACUGAAAGAUAAAACAAAAUCUAGUGAAGACCUGAAAAAGAAUCGUGCUGAUCUGUCUUCUAAAAAACCAGCGCCUAUAGAUACAGUGUUAAAAGAAAAGAAGCCCAAAGAUGUGGGCCCUUCAGCUCAAAUAAUAUCACCAGAUAGAAAGAUGCAGCCUGUCGACAGUCAGAAUUCGAAAGAUUGGCUGACAGAACAUCAGUUGAAAGAGAACCUCCCAGCUUCUCCAAGGCCUGAUCAGAACAGACCGACUGGUGUUCCCACACCAACUUCAGUGAUCUCAUGUCCCAGCUAUGAAGAAAUCAUGCAAACUCCCCGUACUCCAUCAUGCAGUGCAGAGGACUAUCCAGAUCUUAUGUUUGAUAGCAUAGACUGUCAGAACACAUCUGCCAUGUCCAUGUCCAUGAAUGCCUGUUCUCCAUCUUUCUUUGACAGGUAUACUAACACACCACACCCUCUUCAGGAAAACAGUUGUGUAACGCCAGUGAAAAAUGUUCAGAUGCCUGUUCUCAGUCUUUCAGCUUCUGUAGAUGUCAGGAGGACUUUGGAAGAUGAAUUCAGAGUGGAUGCUGAAAAGUUCCUGAGGCAGCAUAGUGUGCCUGCCACUUCUGAGUUAAAGUCAUCGGGCUCACCUGCUCCAGAGGACAAGUCAGAACCACCUGGCAAGAAUGACUGUCUUUCACCUCCUUGUUUUUCUCCACACGUUGGCAUGGCCUCUCCAAGGCUUGAGCCAGCCCAGCCUACACUGGAUGGAGGCUCAGCUGCGAUUUCUGACACAGACCAUAGUGAACACCUGCCAGAGAGUAUCUGCAGUAGUUUUUUACUAAAUCCAUCAACUCCUGUACACAGGCAAGACCCUCAAGAGCCAUGUCUAGAUAUUGCUGCUCCUCCUACUCCAGCUCCUGCAGCUCUGCCACCUCUAGACAUUGACGAAAUAUCAGAACCACAUCAUUCACUUGCUCUGUCACCACAAAGUGAGCCCAGUCUUAUGCCCACUGAUAACAUCACUGGGGCUUACUUCCUGCCACCAGUUGUGGAGGAGGAAGAACAUGAUGGUGAAGAGAAGGAAGAGAAGAACAAAAAUGACAAGAUGGAAGAACCAGAGGAUAAUGUAGCUCAAGAAUCAGAGCAGACAAGAGAUGAUCAGUCUUUCACACUUUGUGCUGAGGAUCCCUUGAAAAAGGAUUGGAGUGAAUCUCCAGGAAGAAUUUCAAAGGAUGUGCUUUCACUAACUUCUCCUCAAGCUUCUAUAGGUAUAAUGCAAAACUGUGGUGAUCACUCCAUCAGCUGGGCUGUGAACUCUGAGGUCCUUAUGAAAUCUCCUCUCAGACCGUUCUUGGAUGUGUCAUCAGCCCCCAAGGCUGUCCCUUUCCCUCAUCAAGAUGACAGUUUGCAGCAGCAUCUCUCAGCUUCUUUGCCGUGUCUUACGCCAUCCACUUUGCCCUACUCUGCCUUCUCUAGGACAUUCUCCCCCCCACAAGACCCCGUGCCUGACUGUGAGAUAAAUAAAGAUAAUGUGGAUGAAGUCCUCAUUCCCUUAAAAGCAAUUACACCAGCUGUUGAAACAGAAUCAAAUUUGAUGUCCUCCUCAAGCCUGGAGUCAUUUUUCAAUGUUUGCAAACCUGUACCCAAGGAAAAUCAGAUGGUUUCAGAACUAGUCCACCUGAAAACUGAUAGCCUGCCAGACGCCAGCACUUUCAUACCUGAGAGUAGCAUGGCCCCUCCUGUGAACCAAGAGCCAGUAGUUCCAUGGGCAGAUCCAUUUGAUCCUGCUGUUGAAGACUUGGAUGAGUUGGGUUCCUUCUCUCUGCCAGAAUUACCUUUACAAGAGAAAGAAAUCGAAAGUCCAGACAUCACAGAACUUAAGAUGCCUGAAUACAAAGAGCCUUCCACAUCUAACGAGGUGAAACGUGACCCAGAUGUGUUGGAGCUGGACCUCUCUGACCUGGCCAAAGUGCCGUGCUGUCCUUCUGCUGUCAAACUCAGUGUAUCUGAACAGAGCACUGUCAUUUGCGAAGGUGGUAGCGCUUUAGCAGAUGAGAGCAGAUCAGAAAGUGCACUGGAACCAAAACAUCAAAAGGUUCCUGAGAAUGACUCCAUCAAAUUUUCAGCCUCAGAAAACAAGGAUGUGUUUGAACCAGAUGAAGAAGACCGAAGUACAGCACUGACUCUUGACAAUACCAAACAAGAAUGUGUGUUGACAGAGGAGCCAGCUCAGUCAUCUUGCGCGUCAUGUCCUGAUGCUGUGACUCCUGUAAACUCGGACAAAGAGGAAGAGGCUGUUGUCACUAACGAAGUGGCUCAGUGUGAUCCUGUCCUGUCUGACACCCAGCCCAACAGGGUCCAGACAACAGAACCUCUGGAACCUGUUGUACCAAAAACGGUGACUGAGGUUCCCAAGAAACUGGAAGAGAUCCCCCAGAGAAUCACUAGGAACCGGGCUCAGAUGCUGGCUAAUCAAAACAAACAAAACACUGCAAGUACAGCAUCAUCCACCCCAUCUCACAACACCUUCACUUCGUCCACCUCCUCUGCCCUCUCAGAAAAGGAAAAAGAGCCCCUCGCCUCCCUGCCCACUGCUCCCGCAACUACGCCUGCGGUCAGCAAGAACAAAGGUCGAGCGGUGGAGGAGGACGACGGCCAGGCACAGCAUCCUCGCAAGCGGAAGUUUCCCAAGUCCAGCCAGCAGCAGGUGCAGGUGCAGCUGGUCAACACUGCUAUGCAGCAGACUCGGGAGAUGAUCCAGCAGACGCUGGCCGUCAUCGUCAAUGCCAUCAAGCUGGAUGACAUCGAACCCUAUCAGAGCGACCGCUCUAACCCUUACUUUGAGUACCUGCAGAUCCGAAAGAAGAUUGAGGAGAAGCGGAAAAUUCUUUGCUACAUUACUCCUCAGGCGCCUCAGUGCUACGAUGAGUAUGUAACUUACACAGGUUCCUAUUUGCUGGAUGGCAAGCCUCUCAGCAAGCUUCACAUACCUGUGAUUGCACCGCCUCCAUCUUUGUCUGAGCCCUUGAAGGAGCUCUUCAGACAGCAGGAGGCAGUCAGAGGAAAGCUGAGGUUACAGCACAGUAUCGAGCGGGAGAAGCUCAUUGUGUCAUGUGAACAGGAAGUCCUGCGAGUCCACUGCAGAGCAGCAAGGACCAUCGCCAACCAAGCGGUGCCCUUCAGCGCCUGCACCAUGCUGUUGGACUCGGAGGUGUACAACAUGCCGUCCGAGAGCCAGGGAGACGAGAACAAGUCGGUGAGAGAUCGCUUCAACGCCCGUCAGUUUAUUUCCUGGAUUCAAGAUGUAGAUGAUAAAUACGAUCGUAUGAAGACUUGCUUGUUAAUGCGACAGCAGCAUGAAGCAGCGGCUCUCAAUGCUGUUCAGAGGAUGGAGUGGCAGCUGAAGGUGCAGGAGCUGGACCCAGCAGGCCACAAGUCUCUGUGUGUGAAUGAGGUCCCUUCCUUCUAUGUGCCAAUGGUAGACGUCAAUGACGACUUUGUGCUGCUGCCGGCCUGAUGGUGACACGUGCAAAGAUGUCACUGUUCAAAAAGACGUUGCUCAGAACGUAUGGUAAGGGCUAGCCGGUUAGAAAGGGGUUUUUUUAUGUGUUUAAAACAAAAUGAAACUUAAGAAUGAUUUUCUUCCGCGAGAGGAGAAAGUGUCUUUUUACCAGGAAAAAACACAACUUGCACUUUCACCCUGUCUGGUUUUUAUGCCUUUUGUUCAGAAAAGGCAAAAAUGACCUUGCUUCAAGGAAAACUUUUCUGUUAGAUUUUUUCCCCCCAGAAAAGGGAUGAAGUUUCUCCUUUUUUGGUUCCUUUCACAUAAAGAAAAUGGAGGCAAGGAAUGAAGAAAAAAACUUGAGAUGCAAAAUGAAAGGGUGAGAGUGGACAGAAGCAACCUUGGGUUUUUUUCUUGGUACAGUGGAGGGGUGGGGAGCAAGGAGAGCCAUUGCGGAGGGACACAUGCUGCCUGUCCUCCCCACCCUUCCAUGUAGCCGUAAAUCGGCAGGGCAGCAGGUGGCGCCAUUCUCCACAGCACCCAGGGCACCUGGUGCCUGGAAGUAGCCCCACGAUGGAAACGCAGAAGGCGGGUGUCUGCAUCCCGUAGGCUCGUGUCGGAGUGGAGGAGACCCUGCAAAGGCAGAGAGGACCUGGGAACGAGAGCAUCGGCGUGGAUGUCGGAUCUUGACUUUACCUGCAGGUUCUGUUAGCACUGACUUUCGCCGUUUUUCUCAGACUUGUUUACUACAGACAACAACAACAAAAAAAGAAUGUUUUGUGAUUGAAGGGGCAGAGACUUUGAAAACAUAGAUUAUCUUUUUUGUCUAUUUCUUUACUUGGGCAUUUCAUUGUGUCUCUUUCUGCGAAAGUGACUUGAAACACUACAGAGCCAAUAAUAGUUUAAAGGAAAAAAAUUUAAAAAACUGAAAAAGAUGUAUCCCGUAAAUUCUGUACAGUUUUUAUAUGUUAACCAAUGUAUUCUUGCUGCCUUCUAGAUAAUUUAUUUUGCCACACAUUACUGCACAGUUGUAAAUAACUUGUAUUGUAACAUCACUCUCAGUUAAAUGUAAAAAAAAAAAAAAAAAUAAUGAUGA